CGUUAGUCUGAUAAGGUCAGGUGCCAGUUGUGUGUCUGUGACAUCUCUCUCUCUCUCCCUGUCGGUCAGUUCAGCUGUCCGCCAGUUAACGGUAGUGUUGCCGGUGAUUGCAUCAUCGCAUCCCUCCCUCCGUACAUGGCAGAUCUGCUUUGUGCCACCGGAGAGGAGCUCCGUAGCCAUGCAGUGUGAACCUUCUGCACCUGGUAUUCCGUUUGUGUCAACAGUGACCAGAGCCACCAUGGAAAUCGAGGCACCAACAGCAUCGAUGGAUCCCAAGUUUAAGGAUGGCAUCGUCGUCCGUGCUGGCGAAACGUUUGUUAUCCGAGCGGAUAUCCUGGGGACGCCACUCCCCAGAGUCAAGUGGUUAAAAGACGGAAAAGAAAUUGAUAAAACCGCCCCGAGAACGGAGGUCGUAAAAACGUUUGAACGUACCGUUCUAACAGUUCUAGAUUGCGCCAGAGUGGACGGCGGACAGUUCGUCCUGAGUCUCAGCAAUGUGGCCGGAAAGAAAGAUAUACCUGUCAAUGUUAAGGUUCUUGAUAGACCUGGUCCACCUGAUGGGCCAUUGAAGAUAACUGGUGUCACUGCAGAGAAAGCCACGCUGCACUGGAGUCAUCCGUUACAAGAUGGCGGUGCCAGUGUUUCCCAUUAUAUCAUUGAAAAGAGGGUAACCAACCGCGUGUCAUGGACUGUAGUCCAACCGGAAACCCAAGCAGUCAGCUACAAAGUGACUAAACUUGUACCCGGCACUGAGUACAUCUUCAGAGUGAAAGCGGUGAAUAGGUUUGGCACUGGUGAACCUCUUGAAUCAGACCCGGUUACUGCAUGUUGUCCUUUCAAGCCGCCCAGCUCUCCUUCCACGCCUGAAGCAAGCGCUAUAACAAGCGACUCAAUGGUCCUUACAUGGAAUCGUCCAGAAAACGAUGGUGGCUCAGAAAUAGAUGGCUAUAUCGUUGAAAAACGCGAUAAAGACGGUGUUAGAUGGACAAAGUGUAACAAGAGAAGACUUAACGAUAUUCGGUUCAGAUGCACCGGACUCGCCGAGGGACAUUCCUACGAGUUCAGAGUAUCUGCUGAGAAUUCUGCUGGUGUGGGAGUGCCAAGUGAACCAACAGGAUAUAUCAAAGCUUGUGACCCCUUAUAUCCACCAGGUCCUCCUUACAACCCUAGGGUGACAGACCAGUCAACCACAACCGUGUCCAUCUCAUGGGCAAAGCCCAUCUAUGAUGGCGGAGCAGCCAUCAAAGGAUAUGUUGUUGAGAUGAAGGAAGUAACGGAGGAAGAAUGGACAACCUGUACACCGCCAACUGGUGUUGAAGAAACACACUUCACUGUGAAAACACUGAAGGAAAAUGGAGAAUACAACUUCCACGUCUGUGCGAUUAACACUGAAGGAGUUGGGGAACCAGCGGAUGUACCAGGGAAUGUAGUUACAUCUGAAAGACUUGAGGCACCUGAGAUUGAACUAGAUUCAGACCUUAGGAAAAUGGUGUCAGUUCGGGCGUGUGCGACACUGCGUCUGUUUGUCCCAUUCAAAGGAAAACCUCAACCUGUAGUCAAGUGGUCCAAGAUGGAAGGUCCUCUUACUGAGCGUGCACACAUUGAGGUCACAAGCACCUACACAGUCCUUGUCAUCCACACUGUCAACAGACUUGACACUGGCAAGUAUGCGUUGACUCUUGAGAACGUCAGCGGUAUGAAGUCUGCUUUCAUUAAUGUCACGGUGUUGGAUUCACCAAGUGCCCCUGAGCACUUUGAAGUCAAGGACAUUACUAGAGAUUCUGUAUCACUAUCCUGGGAACCUCCACUGAUUGACGGCGGAGCUAAGAUCACACAUUACAUUGUGGAGAAGAGAGAAGCUCAAAGACUGGCCUUUACCAGUGUUUCCGAGAACUGUGGAAGAAAUAGAAUGAAGAUUGACAACCUUAUAGAAGGGGGACUUUAUUACUUCCGUGUACGAGCUGUUAAUGAGCUCGGUGUGGGUUUGCCAGCGGAAACACCAGAACCAAUCAAGGUAUCCCAAGCUCCUUUGCCUCCUGGUAAAGUCACUGUUGUAGAUGUUACUCACGACAGUGUGAGUCUAUCAUGGGAAAAGCCUGAAGACGACGGUGGAAGCAGAAUCAAAUGCUAUGUAGUGGAAAUGCAAACCAAGAGCGAUGACAAAUGGACUGUGUGUACUGAGAUACGGGGAUUGAGAUCAACUGUUGAUGGACUCUUAACAGGUGAGGAAUAUUCAUUUAGGAUUAGUGCAGUCAAUGAAACAGGCAAGAGUGAACCUAAGCUACUGGCAGAGGCUGUCGUAGUAAACGAUGACACAAUGGAACCCAUCAUAGAUCUGAUGUGUAACACAUUCAGUAUCAAGGCAGGAGACGACCUGAAGAUCGAUGUUCCAUUUAGAGGCAGACCUGAACCUGAGGUUUCAUGGAACAAAGAUGGUGUUGAAUUGAAGGAGACAACCAGGGUUAGCUUUCUAACCUCUAAUAACUCAUCACUAAUCACUAUCAGAAACACAACCAGGGAGGAAUCAGGGAACUAUGAGAUCACCUUAACCAACACAGUUGGUAGAAAAUCAGCCAUAAUAGCUGUUGUCAUCUUGGAUAAACCUGGCCCACCUGGUGGAAUCAAGGUAGAUGAGGUCAACGCUGACUAUAUUUCACUGUCUUGGGAUCCCCCACUCUACGAUGGUGGAUGUCCAAUCAGCAACUACGUAGUAGAGAAGAGAGAUACUACCACUACAACAUGGAAGACUGUUUCAUCCACAGUUGCCAGAACGUCUAUUAAGGUUCCUCGUUUGACACAAGGCACUGAAUAUCAGUUCCGAAUUGCAGCUGAAAACCGUUUCGGCGUGAGCCAUGCUGUGGAGUCCGCUUCAGUUGUUGCACAGUACCCCUUCAAGACACCUGGCCCUCCCACUACCCUCCGUGUUGCCCAGGCUACAAAGUCCUUCAUGUUGGUUACAUGGAAUGAACCAGCCAGUGACGGUGGAAGUCCAAUCAUCGGUUAUCACCUGGAAAUGAAGGACUAUAGCAGUAUUCGCUGGACAAAAACUAAUCGAGGACGUCUCAUUGCUGAAACAGAAUUUAAAGUGAAUGGGGUUGAAGAAAGCUUGCAGUAUGAAUUCCGUGUUGCUGCUGAGAAUAUUGCUGGCGUUGGGCCGUACAGCAAAGCCACUGAGCCUAUAGCUGCAAGAGAUCCAUGUGAUCCUCCUGCUAACCUUACAGUCACAGACAUCACAAGAUCUUCAAUUUCUCUUACUUGGUCCAAGCCAGAGAAUGACGGUGGAGCCAAGGUGACUGGCUACAUUGUUGAUCGCAGGGAGCUUCCAGAUGGUUGUUGGCUGAAGUGCAAUUUCACCAAUCUCCAGGAAACUUGCUAUGACAUUGAAGGUCUUACGGAGGACAUUCAAUAUGACUUCCGUGUUAUUGCAAAGAACUCUGCUGGAGUACUCAGUGAGCCGUCGCAAUGCACAGGUGCCGUCACAGUCAAGGAUAACGUUGUUCUACCUCGCAUUGUCUUGGAUAACAAGUAUAAGAAAUUAGUCGUUGUCAAAGCCGGAGAUGUUCUGAGAAUCGAUGCAGAUAUUUCUGGGCGCCCACGUCCAGUCAUUUCCUGGUCAAAAGAUGGUGAAAAGAUUGAGAUCAAGGCAAGAAUAGAGAUCACUUCAACACACACUGCCACCACAUUACUAGUCAGAGACACUAUCCGAAGAGACUCGGGUCAGUACACUGUAACAGUGCAGAACAUUGCUGGUACAAGGUCCCUGUCUGUAAACUGUAAGGUUCUUGACCGCCCUGGACCGUCCUCUGGGCCAUUGGAUGUGACUGGUCUGACCGCAGAGAAAUGCACUUUGACCUGGGGACCACCUCAAGAAAAUGGUGGUGCGGAAAUUCUGCGCUAUAUAGUUGAGAAAUGUGAAACCAGUCGUGUCACCUGGACUUCAGUAUAUGAAGACACGAAGGCUACAACAUGCAAGGUCACCGGUCUGCGUAAAGGAAAGGAAUACAUCUUCAGAGUAAAGGCAGUGAAUGAAUAUGGAGAAGGUGAAGCCUUGGAGAGUGAGCCAACCAAGGCCACAGAUCCAUUCACUGUCCCUGCUGCACCAACAGAGGUUGAAAUCACCAGCAUAACAAGUGAGACAAUGACAAUCUGCUGGAGAAGACCUGAGUCCGAUGGAGGAAGCAGCAUUUCUGGCUACGUUAUUGAGAAACGAGAGAAAUUAGGAAUGCGCUGGAUACAGGUGAACACAAAGCCUGUGAAUGACCUUAGGGUCAAGGCAUCCAAUCUCUGUGAGGGAUGUGAGUAUGAGUACAGAGUCUAUGCAGAAAAUGUUGCAGGCUCGAGUCCCCCAAGUAUUCCUUGCAAACUGACAAAAGCGGAGGAUCCACAAUUCCUGCCGUCCCCACCAGCUAAACCCAAAGUCAUUGACUCAACCAAGACUUCUGUAACUCUUUCAUGGAAUAAGCCGUUGUUUGAUGGGGGAGCUGCUGUAACAGGAUACUGUGUUGAAUAUAAGAGAACGGAUGAGGAGGACUGGUGUGUCAGUGUUUCAAACACAGAGAACACUGAAUCCACUGUCAUUGGUUUGACAUCUGGUGCAGAAUAUAUAUUUGUUGUCAAAUCCAUCAACAAGAUUGGUGUCAGUGAGCCAAGCCCUCCUACUGAUCCACAAGCAGCUGAGGACAGAGAAGAGGAACCACAGUUUAAUAUCAGCAAUGAGAUGAGAAAGACUCUUCUUGUAAAGGACGGCAGUUCAUUCACCUUAACCGUGCCGUUCAGCGGCAAACCUGUUCCUAACGUUAUGUGGGACAAGGCAGAUGUUGACCUGAGAGUGAGGGCCAGUAUUCAUACCACUGAUACCGUCACGUCUAUCACGGUGGAACAAGCAACAAGAGACGACUCUGGAAAAUAUACAGUGACUCUACAAAACGUUGCUGGAAAAGUCACAUGUGCGUUAAAUGUCAGGGUUCUUGACUCUCCUGGUCCACCGUGCCGUGUUGCGGUCAAGGAUGUUACCAAGAGCUCUGCAACAGUUGCCUGGGAUACCCCAGAAAAUGAAGGUGGUGCUGCUGUCACCAACUACCUUGUUGAUAUUCGUGAGGUGAACAACAAGGGAUGGACCAGAGUCACAGAUUCAUGUCCUCGUCUGACCUACAGAGUGUCAGAUCUACAAGAGGGAGGUGUGUACUACUUCAGAGUCACUGGUGAAAACCAGUAUGGAAUCGGCUUGCCCGCUGAGACCAAAUACGGAGCAAUGAUAACAGACAAGAGUGACCCGAAGCCACGGGCCAAGCCAGUAAAGGACGACACAAUAGAACCCAUCAUAGAUCUAAUGAGCAACUCAUACAGUGUCAAGGCAGGAGACGACCUGAAGAUCGAUGUUCCGUUCAAGGGUAGACCUGAACCUGAGGUUUCAUGGAACAAAGAUGGUGUUGAAUUGAAGGAGACAACCAGGGUUAGCUUUCUAACCUCUAAUAACUCAUCACUAAUCACUAUCAGAAACACAACCAGGGAGGAAUCAGGGAACUAUGAGAUCACCUUAACCAACACAGUUAGUAGAAAAUCAGCCAUAAUAGCUGUUGUCAUCUUGGAUAAACCUGGCCCACCUGGUGCAAUCAAGGUAGAUGAAGUCAACGCUGACUAUAUUUCACUGUCUUGGGAUCCCCCACUCUACGAUGGUGGAUGUCCAAUCAGCAACUACGUAGUAGAGAAGAGAGAUACUACCACUACAACAUGGAAGACUGUUUCAUCCACAGUUGCCAGAACGUCUAUUAAGGUUCCUCGUUUGACACAAGGCACUGAAUAUCAGUUCCGAAUUGCAGCUGAAAACCGUUUCGGCGUGAGCCAUGCUGUGGAGUCUGCUUCAGUUGUUGCACAGUACCCCUUCGAGACACCUGGCCCUCCCACUACCCUCCAUGUUGCCCAGGCUACAAAGUCCUUCAUGUUGGUUACAUGGAAUGAACCAGCCAGUGACGGUGGAAGUCCAAUCAUCGGUUAUCACCUGGAAAUGAAGGACUAUAGCAGUAUUCGCUGGACAAAAACUAAUCGAGGACGUCUCAUUGCUGAAACAGAAUUUAAAGUGAAUGGGGUUGAAGAAAGCUUGCAGUAUGAAUUCCGUGUUGCUGCUGAGAAUAUUGCUGGCGUUGGGCCGUACAGCAAAGCCACUGAGCCUAUAGCUGCAAGAGAUCCAUGUGAUCCUCCUGCUAACCUUACAGUCACAGACAUCACAAGAUCUUCAAUUUCUCUUACUUGGUCCAAGCCAGAGAAUGACGGUGGAGCCAAGGUGACUGGCUACAUUGUUGAUCGCAGGGAGCUUCCAGAUGGUUGUUGGCUGAAGUGCAAUUUCACCAAUCUCCAGGAAACUUGCUAUGACAUUGAAGGUCUUACGGAGGACAUUCAAUAUGACUUCCGUGUUAUUGCAAAGAACUCUGCUGGAGUACUCAGUGAGCCGUCGCAAUGCACAGGUGCCGUCACAGUCAAGGAUAACGUUGUUCUACCUCGCAUUGUCUUGGAUAACAAGUAUAAGAAAUUAGUCGUUGUCAAAGCCGGAGAUGUUCUGAGAAUCGAUGCAGAUAUUUCUGGGCGCCCACGUCCAGUCAUUUCCUGGUCAAAAGAUGGUGAAAAGAUUGAGAUCAAGGCAAGAAUAGAGAUCACUUCAACACACACUACCACCACAUUACUAGUCAGAGACACUAUCCGAAGAGACUCGGGUCAGUACACUGUAACAGUGCAGAACAUUGCUGGUACAAGGUCCCUGUCUGUAAACUGUAAGGUUCUUGACCGCCCUGGACCGUCCUCUGGGCCAUUGGAUGUGACUGGUCUGACCGCAGAGAAAUGCACUUUGACCUGGGGACCACCUCAAGAAAAUGGUGGUGCGGAAAUUCUGCGCUAUAUAGUUGAGAAAUGUGAAACCAGUCGUGUCACCUGGACUUCAGUAUAUGAAGACAUGAAAGCUACAACAUGCAAGGUCACCGGUCUGCGUAAAGGAAAGGAAUACAUCUUCAGAGUAAAGGCAGUGAAUGAAUAUGGAGAAGGUGAAGCCUUGGAGAGUGAGCCAACCAAGGCCACAGAUCCAUUCACUGUCCCUGCUGCACCAACAGAUGUUGAAAUCACCAGCAUAACAAGUGAGACAAUGACAAUCUGCUGGAGAAGACCUGAGUCCGAUGGAGGAAGCAGCAUUUCUGGCUACGUUAUUGAGAAACGAGAGAAAUUAGGAAUGCGCUGGGUACAGGUGAACACAAAGCCUGUGAAUGACCUUAGGGUCAAGGCAUCCAAUCUCUGUGAGGGAUGUGAGUAUGAGUACAGAGUCUAUGCAGAAAAUGUUGCAGGCUCGAGUCCCCCAAGUAUUCCUUGCAAACUGACAAAAGCGGAGGAUCCACAAUUCCUGCCGUCCCCACCAGCUAAACCCAAAGUCAUUGACUCAACCAAGACUUCUGUAACUCUUUCAUGGAAUAAGCCGUUGUUUGAUGGGGGAGCUGCUGUAACAGGAUACUGUGUUGAAUAUAAGAGAACGGAUGAGGAGGACUGGUGUGUCAGUGUUUCAAACACAGAGAACACUGAAUCCACUGUCGUUGGUUUGACAUCUGGUGCAGAAUAUAUAUUUGUUGUCAAAUCCAUCAACAAGAUUGGUGUCAGUGAGCCAAGCCCUCCUACUGAUCCACAAGCAGCUGAGGACAGAGAAGAGGAACCACAGUUUAAUAUCAGCAAUGAGAUGAGAAAGACUCUUCUUGUAAAGGACGGCAGUUCAUUCACCUUAACUGUGCCGUUCAGCGGCAAACCUGUUCCUAACGUUAUGUGGGACAAGGCAGAUGUUGACCUGAGAGUGAGGGCCAGUAUUCAUACCACUGAUACCGUCACGUCUAUCACGGUGGAACAAGCAACAAGAGACGACUCUGGAAAAUAUACAGUGACUCUACAAAACGUUGCUGGAAAAGUCACAUGUGCGUUAAAUGUCAGGGUUCUUGACUCUCCUGGUCCACCGUGCCGUGUUGCGGUCAAGGAUGUUACCAAGAGCUCUGCAACAGUUGCCUGGGAUACCCCAGAAAACGAAGGUGGUGCUGCUGUCACCAACUACCUUGUUGAUAUUCGUGAGGUGAACAACAAGGGAUGGACCAGAGUCACAGAUUCAUGUCCUCGUCUGACCUACAGAGUUUCAGAUCUACAAGAGGGAGGUGUGUACUACUUCAGAGUCACUGGUGAAAACCAGUAUGGAAUCGGCUUGCCAGCUGAGACCAAAUACGGAGCAAUGAUAACAGAAAAGCCCAGCCCACCACAAACCAUCGAAGUCACCGAGAUCACCAAGGAAAGCGUGUCCUUGUCAUGGAUGAAGCCCGAGGAUGACGGAGGGAGCAGAAUCACCAGUUAUCGCGUUGAUGCUCUCGAGAACGGUCAGGAUAAAUGGGUGAAGUGUGGCGUCACCAAGACCGUCCACUUCGUGGUGUACGACCUGAAGGAAGCCACUCAAUACUUUUUCAGAGUUCGUGCUGAAAACCACGCUGGAUUCAGUGACCCUACGGAAAUGGCUCUCCCUGUCUUAGUUAAAGGGCAACUUGAACCUCCUGAAAUGAACAUGAACAAGUUCCCUGACAAUAUAGUCUACGUCAGAGCAGGAUCAAACCUAAAAUGCCAGAUCCCACUUACUGGGAAACCUGCGCCAAAAAUAUCUCUUUCAAAGGACGAUGUGGUGUUGAAGUCAACGAUGAGAUUCAACUCUGAAGUAACUCCUGAAUAUCUUAUCAUCAGUCUUCGUGAGAGCACUGCUACUGAUUCAGGAAGGUACGACAUAUGUGCCUCCAACACCAGCGGAGCCUCCAGGUCUUUUGUGACCAUCGUGGUCCUGGAUAGACCCAGCGCCCCAGUUGGUCCUAUUGGAAUGUCUGAGGUGACCGAGGACAGUGUGAGUCUGACGUGGCUUCCUCCUCGGUACGACGGCGGAAGCCCCGUCACAAACUACAUAAUAACGAAACGAGAAACGACAAACGCCGACUGGACCGAAGUCUCGUCGGUCGUUGUGAAAUGCACAAUGAAAAUCAUGAAGCUCAUAACAGGACUGGAGUACCAGUUCAGAAUCAGGGCUGAAAAUCGCUACGGCAUCAGUGAGUACAGCGACUCUGCAACCGUCAGAGUGGAUCUCAACUACACCGUCCCUGAAUCUCCGUCACCCCCUAUCGUUACGUCUGUAACCAGAGAAAGCGUCACCGUCGCCUGGACGGAGCCGAACUGGAAUGGAGGAAGACCAGUCGUUGGAUACCAUCUUCAGAUGAAGGACAAGAACAGCAUCCUGUGGCAGACGGUUAACAAAACCGUUAUCCGUGCCACACACUUCAAAGUGACCAAUGUCAUCGUUGCUGGUCUCAUCUAUGAGUUCAAGGUGGCAGCGGAAAACGCAGCUGGAUGCAGUCCCCUUAGCAAGAUCUCAGACGCUGUACUGGCCAUUGAUGCUUGUGAGCCUCCGACCAACGUGCGGAUCACUCACAUCAGAAAGACUUCCGUCAGACUUGAAUGGCUGAAGCCUACUUACGAUGGUGGUAGCAAGGUAACGGGAUACCUGGUUGAGAAGAAAGAGGGCGAAAGAGACAGGUGGACGAAGGCCAACUUAACCAACGUUUCUGACACACACUACACUGUGACCGAGCUGAACGAGUGUGUGGUUUAUGAAUUCAGAGUCGUGGCAAAGAAUGCAGCGGGAUCAGUCAGUAAUCCGUCUGUCACUGCCGGCCCGGUGAUGUGUGUGGACACGGACGCUUACGAAGGAGAUUAGAUGGUUUUAUUUGAUUUUUUAAUUGUCAGAGGCUUCGUAUUGUUGUGAAAAGUGGUCGAAGUCGUUCAAUUUGCAUUUGUUUUUUUUCUUUAAAAGUUGAGAUUUACGUAAUUGAUGUGGUUACUGAAAUAGCUAUUUGUUUUGAUUUGGUGAUGAUAUUUCUGUUCUGAUAGCUGAUUUUAAUAGCAGAGUAGAUUUGAUGUGCUUCAACUAUUGUCUGACUGUUGGCACGUUUUCUACAUUUGAUUGGUUUUGAUGUUUAACGGUUUAAGAGAAGAAAUAGAAAGACAGAAGUGUGUCAGAUAACGGUAGUGGUGUUGCCUCUACUCUCUCAGCAGGUAGCCUAGUGGUUAGAGUGGAGGGACGGCAGGUAGACUAGUGGUUAGAGUGGAGGGACGGCAG